AAAGAGCUCCUUCCGGAUUAAGAAACCUUUCCGUAAGCUUUUUACUCGCCACAAUGAGCCUCAUCCGUCAGUCUAUGCGCGCCCUGAAGGCCGUCAACACCACGUCCGCCAUCCGCCCCGCUGUCGCCCGUUUCUCCACUGACGGCAAGGUGCACGGUGUGCCCAUUAACAACACGCCCACUGAGGACGCCCAGGUUGUGAUCCCGGAGGUCCACCAGACGCUCGAGUGGUGUCUGUCGUCGCCCCCUCCUGUUCACCAGUUCGACGAGGCCCCUAUCGUCAUUGAGACAUACGGCGACGUUGACCCGUACGGCCACUAGAUCAAUAUCUCAAGGACGUCGUCUACUGUAGCUGCGACUUUGUUUGGCAUGAAUUAAGUAUCAAGGGUGAAGAAUAUCGAGCGCAGCAGUGCAGUCAGCUCCAAUUUCAGAAAAACAAAGACACACAAUUUGGUAACUUUUUGCAUCAGC